UUGAUGUUUGCCAACGAGCGUCGGUACUUGUCCAGCUUUAUCGCCAGAAGCGCACCAAUCCUCGUCACGUAACUAGCUGUUGCCAUCUCUUCGUAACAUCCUCGGCUACUUCCCUUAUACUUUUCGGAUCAUAGUGAUUCGCGCUGACCAACGCGUCCGCUCUGUGUUUUACCUACCAACAAUUUACAACACUCCGACUUGAAACUGUUCGUGUUCCAAACGAAGUUGUUCGGCGUCUUGAAGAUUUUCUGGAACUCGCAGAGAUGCCAACAGCAUCGCCUCUCCGUUACGAAUCCAACUAGCUACCGCUAUAAUUGAAGAAGAAUCAUUAACGCAAAUGUUGAUCGUCGUGUUGAGAAUUGAUUAGUCAACUUGUUAUCGUUCGAUUAUGGCGAACAUAGUUUUUCGAAUUUUCACAAGAGACGUUUCCCCACGGUUAACAAUUCGUAUGGAGCAAGUUCGUUGUGGACAUCAUCUACGAGGAAAACCGCCAACGAUCGCUCGAAAUUUAAAGCAACGACUCGAGGAACUUAAUCAAACGGAUCCAGCAUUAUCAUUCAAAGUAAACAUAGGUUUCUCCGUGCCAAAAAUUUCGUCCGAAAAAAAGAGUAUUUGGAUGAACGAAAUAAAAGUUAACAGAUCCGAUGAUCAAUUUGAAAAGCAACUAAGAAGCGGAGAGUUGCCUGUUAAUUUGGAGACGGUAAAGGAAGUUUGGUGGGAAGCAUCCAGUCCAUUUCAUAUUCGUAAAAUCGCAGACCAUUAUGGAAUUUUUCAAGACACGUUUGGCGAUGCAUAUUUUUUUCCAGUCGUACCUUUAGAAAUUGCUUACAAAGUCCAAGAGGAUGCUGUCGUCAGAGUUUACACUGGAAACGUAAUAAAGCCUGCGGAAGCAUCGCAACCACCAGCUAUCGCUUACAAAGCCGAAUCAGAUACUUUGUGGACUUUAAUAAUGUGUACACCGGACGGCAAUAUGCAGAACUCAUCGAACGAAUAUUGUCAUUGGUUUUUAGGGAACAUUCCUGAGAAUAAAAUAGGACAGGGUGAAGAAAUAAUAGAUUAUUUAAGACCAAUUACACCUCGAGGAGUUGGUUAUUAUCGUUAUGCGUUUAUUCUGUACAAACAAAAUCAGCGGUUGGAUUAUGCCGAGUACAAGAAGACACCACCACCAUGUUUACGGUUAACAGAUCGCGAUUGGAAUACAUUGAAAUUUUAUCAGAAAUAUCAAGACUAUCUCACUCCGGCUGGGCUAGCAUUUUUCCAAAGCGAUUGGGAUCCUACGGUGACAAAAUUUUAUCAUUCGGUAUUAGGAACGAAGGAGCCGAUAUUUCAGUACGAUUUUCCAAAACAGUACAUCAAACCUCAAGUAUGGUUUCCAAAGAGACAACCGUUUAAUCUCUAUAUGGAUAGAUAUAAGGAUCCGAAGGAUGUUAUGAAAGAAUUUUUAUUAAGAAAAUUAAAAAUCGUUCAUCCUUUUAAAGAACCAAAACCGCCACUGAAAUAUCCGAACGCCUGUACUUUCCCAAGAGGUACACCUUCCUGGUUGAAAUUGGAAAAAACGAAAGAGCGUUUGGGACGUGGUCGAGUUAACGAAAUGAAUGAAAGUGUGUAGAAAGAAAAUUUGGCAAUUUUAUUGUACGUUAUGAAAUGUGUUUUUCUUUUCCCCAAAUAAAUACUCGACGAAGUA